UAGUAACUGCAGUAGCAACGACAACUUUCCCUGAGCGCUGAAAUAACCCGCUUCAGUUAUAUUAACUCAGUCUGACAGCUCUACUACUCUCAUUAUUCACAAUAAUAAUAAUAUCUGAAGUGUAUGUUCAUCAACGAGGCGCUGCUUUAUUCGUUUUAAACGCUGGAACGUCGCUUUAACCGCAGCUGACCGUCUGAAGCAAUUUCGCUAAAUCUUCCUUAACUAACGAUAUUCAACAGACCUGGAGUUUUUUCCGAGUUUCUACCGGCUGAAUGUGAGUGAAAUCCUUCAAUGUAGUGCCUGAGUCUCACAGAAACAUGGAGGAUAAGGGUGCAGUGAGGAAGAAUAAGCUACCUAAGAUACCGGAAAGCUCUGUGCAUUUCCUGCCGCAGCUUCCAAAGGCUCGUGCAAAGCCUCUGUGGCAAGAUGCCACCCCUACCUUCAGCCUGCAGGUGCCAGCCAAUGAAGACACGAGCGAUUAUGGAGUGCCCCGAAAGAUUUCCAGACACACGCUUGGAGGGGUUGUGUGGCAUGGUCAGUCUCGCAGACAUCACAGCAGCAUCAAGCACAAUAAAGACCGAGAACACUUCCGCCGCGCUCUCGUCAGCCUCAUCAUGGAGCAGGAGCCUUCGACUAGUAUGACCAUCCCAGAUGACAGCUCACCACCCACUUGUGGUUCACCCACUCUCACUGAAAAGGACAUUUUGAAAUACAACCACUACAUCCAACAUGGCAUUGACACAGAACAGGUGGCGAACAUGGAAGACUCCUGGCUUGCCAACAUCCUGGACUUGGUACCGACCCAGCUGAGGAGUCUAACAAGACCCAUUGAGGUUUUCUCUGAGGAGAUGGGCGAGGACUACCUGCUCAGCGUUAAAAAAUCUAUAGUGAAUUACGCGGUACAGGAUCCAAGAGAAAAGAACGAAAAGAAGGUCAGGGAUCUACCGCCUCACAGAAAAGAACUGGAGGUUUUGCCAAAACCGUGGAAGAAAUCCUUCCACCAGGCCCAGAAAAGGAUGAGAGAUCGGCUCCACUCCAUCAACCCCACCAUGCUGCAUGUGUUGGAUCUAUGGCAUGUGUCCUUCAAGAAUUUACGGCUUAUUGAUGAACAGGAAUUCCACACCAGGCAGGAGCCCAUGGAGCUCUCAGUCUUCCAGAAGUUGAUCAGCAGACACACUGAAAGUGCCAGAGACAUCCUGCUAAAUAAGUGGUUUCCUGAGUUGCAUCGCAUCUACUUCCAGGGGACCAAGCGCAAACAUGUCCCCAGUGAUUCUAAUCCAGCCAAACUGCAGUCCUUCUUCAACUGUGCAGCAGCACUGAUGACCUCCCAAAUCCAGAACCUGGCCCUGGAAUCCGUCCAGGACUACACAAACCUACUAGCUCACGACCCACAGUCAACAAGGCCCUACAAGCAUCCAGGUUUUGUUCUGCAUUUGGUUCUAGAGCAGAAAGAGAUCAAGUUUCAGCCUGAUUUUCAAGAUUUUGAGGUCGUAUUAUUAAAUGUCUACGACACAAUGCUGAAGUCGAUCAGCUUGAUGCCUCGAGUGGAGACAAAGCUCUACUCAGAAUGGCCGGGCACAGAGACGCCCAGCGGCCUGAAUCCCAUCAUCCUGCCGGAAAUCCUGCAGACUCAGAAAGAGGAGGUGCAGCGGGUUAUCCACGUGGAGUGCUCUGGACCAAUAAAGCACGUCCGCUUAUACGACAAAUAUGCUUCUCUAGUAUCCAAUCAGGCCCAGGAGGAUGUUGAGCAGUUCCUGCGCGAGCAGCACUCCUUCCAGGAGAUGAUGAUGGAGAUGAAACGCUAUCAACAGCUGGCUGAUGAAUUGUCUGACUCCAAUAAGGUGGCAAGAAUUGGCAUGUUUGAGGUCCAGUCCCAUGACCUUGUCCAAGCCCUGGUCAAGCGUGCAGAGGGUCUCAGAGAAGUAUUACUCACUCACAUGCUGCAGGACCACCAGCUUUCCAAUAAAAAGUUAUGUGAGGAGUUUGAGGAGAUUGUUAAAAAGGCCCUCAGCACACCUUCAGACACACAAGAACUCAUGGCGCUCAAGGCCUACAUGGAGAAAGUUGAGACCAAAGAGAUGCCCAUGCUGGAGCUGAAACUCAGAGACUCAAAGACUCGCCUGUUCUUUUUGAUUGAGAACGUCAUGUUUAAGCCCACAGACAUGCGCCUAAACACGGACGUUUUUAAGUGGCAGAAGCGCAUGCCUUCUGUCUUCGAAGAACACAGAGGCAUCGCUACUGAGAAGACUGAGCAGUUUCAGAAAGGCCUCAAGUUGCGGUGUGAUAGGUUUGUUGAGGUUCUGGAGAAGUACAGCAAGCAGGUGGAGGAGUUUGCAACUUUCGGGGAAGUCUCUGAGCUCAGCAAGUAUCUGAAAAAAGCUCAGGCACUCAACUCCAAACUAGAGGAUGCAAUGGAGAAGAUCGAUGGUUUUAAUUCAGAAGAGGAAGCGUACGGAUGGCCCAUCUCCCAGUACCCGCAGCGCAAGAAGGUCCAGGAGCAGCUUCUGCCAUAUCUGAACCUUUACCAGACAGCGUCUGACUUCCAGGCCCAGCACCAGCAGUGGCUCAACGGGCCUCUGACCUCAGUCAGCCCAGACAAGGUGGAGAGCGACAUCGGCAACUUCUGGCGCACUCUGUACAAACUGGAGAAGAGCUUCCAGGAGUCGCCCUGUGCCCUCGGCAUCACCACCCACAUAAAGGCUGAGGUGGAGGCUUUCAAAAAGCACAUCCCCCUAGUGCAGGUGCUGUGUAAUCCGGGCCUGCGGGACCGCCACUGGGAGGCCAUGUCAGAGGUAGUGGGCUCUCCUCUCAAACCCUCUGAGGAGGAAGCCUGUGUGUCUCACUUCCUACCCCUGCAUCUAGAGGAGCACUUGCCCAGCUUUGAGAACAUCAGUGAGUCGGCCAGUAAGGAGUUCUCCCUGGAGAAGGCCAUGGAGCGUAUGGCGGGAGAAUGGGCCGAGAUGGAGUUCUCUCUCCUGCCCUACAGAGAGACUGGCACCUCCAUCCUGCAAUCUGUGGAAGAUGUCCAAAUGCUGCUGGAUGACCACAUAGUGAAGACUCAAACAAUGCGAGGUUCACCGUUUAUCAAGCCCUUCGAGUCAGAGAUCCGGGACUGGGAGGGUAAACUGCUCUUGCUACAAGAUAUUCUGGAUGAAUGGCUGAAGGUGCAGUCUACCUGGCUCUACCUGGAGCCAAUCUUCAGCUCUCCAGACAUCAUGGCUCAGAUGCCUGAGGAGGGGCGCCACUUCACCAAUGUGGAUAAAAUCUGGAGGGACACCAUGAAGCAAGUCAGCCUGGAUAAGCACGUCCUGGCAGUGGUGGCAAUUGAUAAGAUGCUGGACAAGCUGAAGAAGAGCAAUAAUCUACUGGAGCUCAUUCUGAAGGGUCUGAAUGAAUAUCUGGAAAAGAAGAGACUCUUCUUCCCUCGUUUCUUCUUUCUGUCUAAUGAAGAACUGCUGGAGAUACUUUCAGAGACUAAAGAUCCAACCAGGGUACAGCCCCACUUAAAGAAGUGCUUCGAGGGCAUCGCCAGCGUGGUCUUCACUGACGUUCUGGACAUCACCCACAUAAAGAGCAGCGAGGGCGAGGUGGUGACCCUGCUGGACACCAUCUCCACCUCUAAAGCGCGUGGCCAGGUGGAGAAAUGGCUAUUGGAGCUGGAGAGUGGCAUGAUAAAAUCCUUACACAAGGUGAUAGGUGAAGCAGUCGAGGCUUACCCUAAGGACCUGAGGAUCAACUGGGUGCGGGCGUGGCCGGGCCAGACGGUGCUGUGCGUCUCACAGGUCUACUGGACCAAACACAUUCAUGAUGCCUUUCAUGAGGGACCAAAGGCUCUUGAAGGUUACUUGCAUCAGAACAACACUCAGAUAGACGACAUUGUGGCGCUGGUGCGUGGGAAGCUGUCCAAACAGAACAGAGUGACCCUGGGAGCUCUGGUGGUGCUGGACGUUCACGCUCGAGAUGUCCUGGCCUCGCUCGUACAGAAGAGCGUGGACGACGAGAACAACUUCGAGUGGCUCAGCCAGCUACGUUACUACUGGACUGAGAACCAGCUUCAGACCAAAAUGAUUAAUGCUGGCCUGGCGUACGGCUAUGAGUACCUUGGGAACACUCCACGGCUGGUCAUCACACCCCUCACCGAUCGCUGCUACAGAACUCUAUUUGGAGCACUGCAUCUGCACCUGGGAGGAGCUCCCGAGGGUCCUGCCGGCACAGGGAAGACUGAAACCACAAAAGACCUGGCCAAAGCUGUGGCCAAGCAGUGCGUGGUCUUCAACUGCUCAGAUGGCCUUGACUACAUUGCUCUGGGCAAGUUCUUUAAGGGCUUGCUGUCCUGUGGUGCGUGGGCAUGCUUUGACGAGUUCAACCGUAUCGACUUGGAAGUGCUGUCAGUGGUGGCACAGCAAAUUUUCACCAUUCAGAGAGGUAUUGCAAACCAUUCGGAGAAGCUGCUGUUUGAGGGCACCGAGCUGACACUCAACCCAACCUGCGCCGUGUUCAUCACCAUGAACCCGGGCUACGCCGGCCGCUCUGAACUUCCGGACAACCUGAAGGCGCUAUUCCGGACCGUGGCGAUGAUGGUGCCAGACUAUGCCCUGAUUGCGGAGAUUGUUCUGUACUCCUGUGGCUUCGUAACGGCCCGUCCACUCUCCGUGAAGAUCGUGGCCACUUACAGGCUGUGCUCCGAACAGCUGUCCUCUCAGAGUCACUACGACUACGGCAUGAGGGCCGUCAAAUCUGUGCUGACCGCUGCAGGCAACCUGAAGCUGAAGUUCCCAGAGGAAAACGAGGACAUUCUGUUGCUGAGAUCCAUCAUCGACGUAAACCUUCCUAAGUUUUUGGCUCAUGAUCUGCCAUUAUUUGAGGGCAUCACUUCAGAUCUUUUCCCCGGUGUGAAGCUCCCCAAACCAGACUACCGUAUUCUGCAGGAGGCCAUUAAAGAGAACAGCGACAAGAUGAACCUGCAGGUGACAGACUUCUUUGCCGAGAAGAUCCUGCAGGUGUACGAGAUGAUGAUCGUGCGUCACGGCUUCAUGCUGGUGGGGGAGCCUUUUGGAGGGAAGACCAGUGCCUAUCGAGUGCUGGCUGCUGCACUGAAUGAUAUCUGUGAAAAGGGCCUGAUGGAGGAGAAUAAGGUGCAAAUCACUGUUAUCAACCCAAAGUCCAUCACCAUGGGCCAGCUCUAUGGUCAGUUUGACCCAGUUUCCCACGAGUGGUCGGAUGGCAUCCUGGCUGUCAGCUAUAGAGCGUUCGCUACAUCUCAGACUCCGGACAGGAAGUGGCUGAUCUUUGAUGGCCCAGUAGACGCAGUGUGGAUCGAGAACAUGAACACAGUGCUGGAUGACAACAAAAAGCUGUGCCUGAUGAGCGGAGAGAUCAUCCAGAUGUCCCCGCAGAUGAGCCUCAUCUUCGAGCCCAUGGACUUGGAGGUGGCGUCUCCUGCCACGGUGUCUCGCUGUGGAAUGAUCUAUAUGGAGCCACAUAUGUUGGGUUGGAGGCCCCUCAUGCUGUCCUGGCUCAACACACUGCCCUCUACAGUUAGCCCCAAGCACAAAGACCUCCUCACCAGCCUGUUCGAUCACACUCUGCCCGCCUGCCUACAGUUUAUCCGCAAAGGAACCAAGGAGCUGUCUCCAACAUCUGACACUAACCUGGUGAAGUCUCUGAUGAAUCUAAUGGACUGCAUGAUGGAUGAGUUCAGGGAGGAGGGCCAGAUCAAGGGGAUGAGUGAGAGAGACAUCUGCUCUUGGCUCGAGGGUAUUUUUAUCUUCUCUCUGGUGUGGUCAGUGGGAGGCAGUUGUUUGGAGGCUGGACGGCUGAAGUUUGAUGGGCUGCUGAGGGAGGUGCUGACCGCAGGUCUGAGUAAGGAGACUCGGCAACGAUAUGGCAUCCUAGAGCACGUAGAGCCACCGACCAAGCAGCUGACUGUGCCCUUACCCACUGAGGGCACACUGUACCAGUACCACUUCAUCAAAGAGGGUCCAGGAAGGUGGGAGCUGUGGACAGAGGAGCUGAAGCAAGCACCCCCCAUCCCCAAGGAUGUUGAGUUUAAUGAGAUCAUUGUGCCCACGGAGGACACGGUGCGCUAUACAGCGCUGAUGGAGCUGCUCGUCACUCACCAGAAGCCCACCGUCUUUGUGGGGCCUACAGGAACUGGCAAGAGUGUCUACAUCAUAGACUUCUUGUUGAAUCGUCUGAACAAGGACACAUACAGCCCUCUGCUCAUCAACUUUUCAGCCCAGACCACCGCUGCUCAAACACAGAACAUCAUCAUGUCCAAGCUGGAUAAAAGGAGAAAAGGAGUGUUUGGCCCACCUCUAGGAAAGAAAGCGGUGGUGUUUGUGGAUGAUGUGAACAUGCCGGCCAGGGAGACGUACGGUGCUCAGCCACCCGUGGAGCUUCUGCGUCAGUGGCUGGACCACUGGAACUGGUAUGACACAAAGGACCGCUCCAUGAUCAAUCUGGUGGAUAUCCAAAUCAUGUGUGCCAUGGGGCCUCCAGGUGGUGGUAGGAACCCAGUAACCCCUCGCUUUCUCCGUCAUUUUAACACAAUUACCAUCAAUGAAUUUGAUGAGAAAACCAUGUACACCAUCUUCUCCAGGAUCCUGAACUGGCACUUGUCCAUACGAUUCCCCUUUCCGAAGCCAUUUUCCAGCCUCACCUCCCAGAUAGUGGAUGCUACGAUGGCGGUGUAUCAGGAAGCCGCUAAGAAACUGCUGCCCACGCCGGCCAAAUCCCACUAUCUCUUCAACCUGCGCGAUUUCUCUCGUGUCAUCCAGGGCGUUUGUUUAUCUCGCCCAGAGACCGCAGACGACCCUAAAGCUAUUAAACGGCUUUGGGUGCAUGAGGUGCAGAGGGUUUAUUACGAUCGCUUGGUCCACCCCUCUGAUCAAACCUGGAUGGUGGAAUACUUGCAGGAAGUCUGCCAGUCACACCUAAAGGAGGACUUCCACCAGCUCUUCAAGCAUCUGGACUUCGACUCGGACGGCCGCGUGACUGAAGACGACCUGCGCAGCCUCAUGUUCUGUGACUUCCACGACCCCAAGGGAGAAGACCGCAGCUACCGUGAGGUGGGAGACCUGGACCAGCUGCGGCAGGUGGUGGAGUCCCACCUGGAGGAGUUCAACAAUGUCAGUAAAGCACCUAUGAACUUGGUGCUCUUCCGCUUCGCCAUCGAGCACGUCUGCAGGAUCUCCCGCAUCAUCAAGCAGCCUCGCGGCCACGCGCUCUUGGUUGGCGUCGGGGGCAGUGGUCGGCAGUCCCUCACCCGCCUGGCUGCCCACAUGGCAGGAGCCGACCUUUUCCAGGUGGAGAUCUCAAAAAGCUAUGGCGUGGUUGAGUGGCACGAGGAUCUCAAGCUCAUCCUGCGCAAGUCCACGUUCGGGGACACCCACGGAGUCUUCCUCUUCACCGACACCCAGAUCAAGAAGGAGUCCUUUUUGGAAGAUGUUAGCAACCUGCUCAACACGGGGGAGGUGCCCAACCUCUUCGCCGUGGACGAGAAGCAGGAAAUCUGCGAGCGCAUGCGAGUCCUGGACCGCCAGCGGGAACGGGAGAAGCAGACGGACGGAAGCGUACUGGCACUUUUCAACAUGUUCCUGGAGCGCUGCCGCAGCCAGCUACAUGUGGUGUUGGCAAUGAGCCCUAUUGGAGAUGCCUUUAGGGGCCGUCUGCGGCGUUUCCCUGCACUUAUCAACUGUUGCACCAUAGACUGGUUCCAGAGCUGGCCUGAGGAUGCUCUGCAGGCUGUGGCAUCUCGUUUCUUGGAGGAUAUUGAGAUGACGGAUGAGGCUCGCUCCGGCUGCAUCGACAUGUGUCAGAGCUUCCACACCUCCACCAUCAAUCUCUCAGCACGCUUCCUCUCCGAGCUGCAGCGCUACAACUAUGUCACACCUACCUCCUACCUGGAGCUCAUCUCCACCUUUAAAGUUCUGCUGGAACGCAAGAGAGCCGAGGUGAUGAAGCUAAAGCAACGUUACGAGGUGGGCUUGGAGAAGCUGGAGUCAGCCUCCACUCAGGUUGCCGCCAUGCAGGUGGAGUUGGAGGCCCUUCAGCCAGAGCUCCGUGUGGCCACUAAAGAGGUAGAUGAGACGAGGGUGGUGCUCGAGCGUGAAUCAGUGGAGGUGGCCAAGACUGAAGCAGUGGUGCAAGUGGAAGAGUCCGAGGCCAUGGAGAAGGCCAUGGCUUCCAAGGCCAUCGAGGACGAGUGCAAUGCAGACCUGGCUGUAGCCCUCCCCAUCCUGGAGUCAGCUCUGUCUGCGCUCGAUACACUCACCACACAGGAUAUCACUGUGGUGAAGUCAAUGAAGAGUCCUCCAGCUGGAGUCAAGCUGGUGAUGGAGGCCAUCUGUAUCCUGAAGGGCAUCAAACCCGACCGCGUUCCUGAUCCCUCCGGCUCCGGCAAAAAGGUGGAGGACUUCUGGGGUCCAGCUAAGAAGCUUCUGGGUGAUAUGAGGUUUCUGCAGAGUCUACACGAGUACAACAAAGACAACAUCCCACCCGCAUACAUGACCAUCAUCCGCAACAAGUACAUUACCAACCCUGACUUUGUUCCAGAGAAGAUUCGUACAGCCUCCACCGCUGCUGAGGGCCUCUGCAAAUGGGUCUGUGCUAUGGACUCUUACGACAGGGUUGCUAAAGUAGUGGCCCCCAAGAAAGAGAAACUGGCUCAGGCAGAGGGACAGGUGAAGGUGUCUAUGGACAGCCUCCAGAAGAAGCAGGCUGCUUUGAAGGAGGUCAAGGAGAAGAUUGAUAAGCUGAAAAAAACCUUGGAGGAGACCAAGAACAAAAAGGCAGACCUGGAGAAUCAGGUGGAGUUGUGCAGUAAGAAGCUGGACCGGGCGGAGCAGCUGAUUGGUGGUCUGGGGGGAGAGAAGACACGCUGGAGUGAAACUGCACUGAACCUGGGAGAGCUCUACAACAACCUGACCGGAGAUAUCCUCAUCUCAGCCGCUAUAGUGGCCUACCUCGGAGCUUUCACUUCCAGUUACAGACAGAUUGCUAAAGAUGAGUGGAUUGAGCUUUGUAAGGCCAGGAAGAUCCCCUGCUCUAAGAACGUGUCUCUGAUGAACACUCUGGGUGAGCCUGUGAAGAUCCGGAGCUGGAAUAUAGCGGGGCUUCCCUCCGACAGCUUCUCCAUCGACAACGCCAUCAUUAUCUCGAACUCCAAUCGUUGGCCGCUGAUGAUCGACCCACAGGGACAGGCUAACAAGUGGGUGAAGAACAUGGAGAAGGCCAACAGCCUGCGCAUCAUUAAACUGAGCGACUCUGACUUUGUGAGAACCCUGGAGAACUGUAUUCAGUUUGGAACGCCAGUGCUGCUAGAAAACGUGGGUGAAGAGCUGGACCCCAUUCUGGAGCCGUUGCUGUUGAAGCAGACUUUUAAGCAGGGUGGAAGCUUGUGUAUCCGUCUCGGAGAUUCCACCAUAGAGUACGCUCCCAAUUUCCGCUUUUACAUCACAACCAAACUGCGCAACCCACACUAUCUACCUGAAACAUCCGUCAAGGUUACGCUUCUGAACUUUAUGAUCACGCCUGAAGGUAUGCAGGACCAGCUGCUGGGCAUAGUCGUGGCUCGGGAGCGGCCGGACUUAGAAGAGGAGAAGCAAGCUCUCAUACUGCAGGGAGCCGAGAACAAAAGACAGCUGCAGGAGAUCGAGGACAAGAUCCUGGAAGUGCUCUCCUCAUCCAAAGGCAACAUUCUGGAGGACGAGACAGCAAUUCAGAUUCUCUCUUCCUCAAAAGUGUUGGCCAAUGAGAUCUCCGAGAAGCAGGCCAUCGCCGAGAGAACAGAGCAGAAGAUUGACGAGACCCGCAUGGGCUACACGCCCAUCGCCGUCCACUCAGCCAUCCUGUUCUUCUCCAUCGCUGACCUCGCCAACAUCGAACCCAUGUACCAGUACUCGCUGACUUGGUUCAUCAACUUGUUCAUCCUGUCCAUCGACAACUCGGACCAGAGCAACGUCCUGGAAGAGAGGCUGCAGAUACUGAGGGAUCACUUCACCUAUUCGCUGUACGUUAACGUGUGCCGCUCGCUCUUUGAGAAGGACAAAUUACUGUUCUCCUUCUGUCUCAAUGUCAACCUGCUAAAACACAACAAACAGAUUGAUGAUGAUGAGUGGCGUUUUCUGCUGACGGGUGGUGUAGGUCUGGACAACCCUCACUCUAACCCCUGCACAUGGCUGCCCAAGAAAUCCUGGGAUGAGGUCUGCCGAUUGGACAGUCUGGAGCGCUUCAAGGGCCUGCGCAAGGACCUGGCCGACCUGAAGGACGGCUGGAAAGAGGUUUAUGACAGCAAGAACCCUCAUCACACCUGCUUCCCAGGAGAGUGGCAGGAGAAACUGGGACAGUUCCAGAGAAUGUUGGUUAUACGCUGCCUGAGACCAGACAAGGUCAUCCCCAUGGUUCAGGAGUUUGUGUCUGGCAACUUGGGCCAUCAGUUUAUCGAGGUGCCCCCCUUUAACCUGGGAAAGGCAUUUGGGGACAGCCACUGCUGUGCCCCCCUCAUCUUCAUCCUCUCGCCCGGAUCAGACCCCAUGGCAGCGCUACUCAAAUUCGGAGAUGAGCAGGGCUUCACAGGAAACAAGCUGACCUCUCUGUCUCUGGGUCAAGGCCAGGGCCCCAUCGCCAUGAGCAUGAUCGAGACAGGUGUGAAGGAAGGCACCUGGGUGGUCCUGCAGAACUGCCAUCUGGCCACAUCCUGGAUGACCACCCUAGAACGAGUGUGCGAGGAGCUGAACCCAGACACCACUCACCCGGACUUCCGUCUGUGGCUCACAAGUUACCCCUCUCCUAACUUCCCUGUGGCCGUCCUGCAGAACGGAGUCAAAAUGACCAAUGAGGCCCCUAAAGGGCUGCGCUCAAACAUCAUCGGCUCCUUCAACAUGGAUCCCAUCUCUGACCCAAAUUUCUUCAGCAGCAGCUCCAAACCAGCUGCCUUUAAGAAGCUGCUGUAUGGCCUGUGUUUCUUCCACGCCCUGACCCAGGAGAGGAGGAAGUUCGGCCCCCUGGGCUGGAACAUCCCCUAUGAGUUCAAUGAGACAGACCUGCGCAUAUCCGUCCAGCAGCUUCACAUGUUCCUGGACCAGUAUGAAGAGGUACCGUUUGAUGCGCUGCGCUAUAUGACCGGAGAGUGUAACUACGGAGGCAGAGUGACGGACGACUGGGACCGCCGGACCCUCCGCACCAUCCUCUCCAUCUUCUACACAGCCAGCAUCAUCACAGACCCCCAAUACAAAUUUGACCCCAGUGGCAUUUACUAUUCACCAACCGAGGGAGAUCACAACAGUUACAUUGAGUACACCAAGUCCCUCCCACUGUACCCUUCACCCGAGAUCUUCGGCAUGAACGCCAAUGCAGACAUCACCAAGGACCAGGUGGAGACGCAGCUCCUGUUCGACAGCAUCCUGCUCACUCAGUCUCGAACGUCUGGAGGUGCUGCGAAGUCAUCAGAUGACAUGGUGUACGAGGUGGCAGCAGAUAUUCUGAGCAAGCUGCCGCCGGACUUCAACACGGAGGCAGCAAUGCGUAAGUUCCCCACCAGCUACAACCAGAGCAUGAACACGGUGCUGGUGCAGGAGAUGGGCCGCUUCAACAAGCUCCUGCAGACCAUACGAGACUCCUGCAUCAACAUCCAGAAGGCCAUCAAGGGUCUGGUGGUGAUGUCCGCUGAGCUGGAGGAAGUUGUGACGAGUAUUCUGAAUGGCCGCAUUCCCAGCAUGUGGAUGAAGAAGUCUUACCCAAGCCUCAAACCCCUGGGUGGAUACGUCAACGACUUCCUGGAGAGGCUGGCCUUCCUGCAGGGGUGGUAUGAUAAUGGCAUGCCUCCGAUCUUCUGGAUGUCGGGCUUCUUCUUCACUCAGGCCUUCCUGACAGGAAGCCAACAAAACUACGCUCGCAAACACACUAUCCCCAUCGACCUGCUGGGCUUCGACUUCGAGGUCAUGGACGACAAGGAGUACAGACAGCCUCCUGAGGACGGCGUCUACAUCAGAGGCCUGUUCCUGGACGGCGCUCGGUGGGACCGGAAUAAGAAGCUUCUUGCAGAGUCUUACCCCAAGAUCCUCCACGACACCAUGCCUGUGAUUUGGCUGAAACCCUUGAGAAAGCAGGACGUACCCCAGCGCCUCUGCUACCUCUGUCCUGUCUACAAGACCAGCGAGCGCCGCGGCACCCUGUCCACCACGGGUCACUCCACCAACUACGUCAUCGCCAUGACCCUCAACUCAGACAUCUCUCCCGAGCACUGGAUCCGCCGCGGCGUCGCCCUGCUGUGCCAGCUCAACUCCUGAGCACACAGGAUUAUACUAUAAUCAACAUACACACAUCCUUAUACUAUAAUCAUCAAUAUUCUCACUUAUACACUAUUUUACUGUACCUUCCAGCUGUGUAAUUUAAAUAAGGCUGGGGAAUGGGGUUUAAAGUUAAGUUCUAAAUGAUCAAUUCUUUUACAGGAAAUCAAACAUUUAACAGAAUGAAGAAUAUAUUGAGUUUGUUUCAAUGAGAAAGAAAAAUAAAAAAUGACUGAGAAACUCAGUGCUCAAUAAAUGCUAAAUUGUCUUCAAGGA